UUUCCUCCUGUGAUCUUUUCACCAAAUUCCACGUUUCGCUGCAUCGUCAUGUUUAUGUGAGAUUCAUCCGUCUUCUAUCUGCCUGCAACAGAAUUAAAAUCUCCAAAAUGGAGCGCAAGAAAACAAUGACGAUGAAUUGGAAAGGUGUUGACGACGACAAUGACGACGAGCACUUCUUCGAGAGCUUGGACGGAGCUUCGUCAUCGGACGAGGACGAGGAAUUCCAAGAAAGCCGCAUGUCAUUCUCGUCAAAUUCUCAAAGAUUCAGAAUCAUGACAAGAAAAGCGUCGACGGUACCAAUGGCAGUGGCGAUCCCUGACUUCGACUACAACAUAUGGAUGGCGGCACCAGGAUCGAUCACUGAACGGAGGAGGCGAUUGCUUUACGGAAUGGGCCUAGACGAGAACAAGGAGAGUUUGCGGCUGGCCAGCAUAGCAAUCGGCCGUGCAAUGACGAGGAAGUUCGAGAAUAAUGCUUCGCCCCGGCCUGAUUCGUCCGGUAAGCCCGAAGAGGCGACGGUUCCUGAUUCCCGUGAUGCGCCUGUUGUUAUAGCACCUAAAGCCGAUGCUGCUGAUACUACUGCUGCAGCUGCUGAAUCAAGCGAUGAGAAGAAAACAGAGCAUAAAACAGUGUUUUUGCCGCCAUCGGAUGAGCAUAAAACAGAGCAAUCCCCUGUGCCAUUCGUUCUCGUCAGGUCGCGUUCCGACGGAGACGUAGAUUGCGAUACUUAUUCCUUGCCCAAGAUGAGGAAAGAGGAACUCAUAGGUAAGGUCUCAAAGCAGCGUCUGACAAGAACGUCGUCAGAGAUCACUCUGGCUCGUCCUCGUAUGUGCCCCUACACAUACUGGAGCCCCGCCCCUGCUGCGGCGAAAGACGACGCCAGUUCAGGGGCUUCAGGGGAUCAACAAUCAAAACGCCAGCACGGCCGUAAACUAACCGCGAUCGUGUCAAACACCAGGUUUGCUUCUUUCUUCCUCAUCAAGAACCUCGACACCGGGAAAGAGUUUAUCGUCACUGGGAAGGACCCCGGCGGUGAUGGCAAUUGGAGCAGUCUAAACGACAUACAAACAGGGAAAAAACUAACGAUGGAAGAGUUCGAGAAAUCCGUAGGACACUCUCCAAUCGUCAAAGAGCUCAUGCGACGCGGGCGAGACAAAAACGAUGAGAGUAAGCCAGGUGCGAACUACUACCUGAACAAGAGCUUGAGAAUGAGUAAGAAAACUGGGGCUGCUCUGUUGAAGAACCUAAAGGGUGUGGCAAGUGGGUUCAUUGGAGAAAGAGAGAGGUCAGAGAGCAUCAAAGAAUCAGCGCCUCCUAAUUUGCCUCCUCUGCCUCCAUCUGCGGCACAACCAGCCAACACAGAUCCUAAUCAGAAACAGACUAAGAACAACGAAUGGAUUAGGGUUAGGCAGAGCGGGAAAACUCACAAAGAGCUCUCAGCGUUACAUAUGUGUCAAGAAUUUCAGGCUCACGAAGGGGGCAUUUGGACCAUAAAGUUCAGCUGGGACGGCCAUUAUCUGGCGAGUGGAGGGGAGGAUAAGGUGAUUCAUGUGUGGGAAGUGCAGGAGUGCGAGCUCAUGUCGUUGACCCCAGGGGAAGGCAAUCUUACCCCACUUCAUCCGGCGCUGCUUGCUUCGUCGGCCACCAAUGAGGGCGCGGCGGAGGAGAAGAAGGGCAAAUCUGGGAAUAAAAAGGAUGAUAAGGUCCCGGAGCACGUUCAUGUGCCCGAGACUGUGUUCUCCCUCUCGGACAAGCCCUUCUGCACUUUCCAAGGUCAUUCCGAAGACGUUUUGGACUUGUCUUGGUCCAAAUGUCAGUUACUUCUCUCGUCUUCAAUGGAUAAAACAGUGAGACUAUGGGACUUGGAAUUAAAGACGUGCUUGAAGGUGUUCACCCACAAUGACUAUGUAACGUGCGUACAGUUCAAUCCAAUAGAGGAGGAUUAUUUCAUAAGUGGGUCCCUUGAUGCUAAGAUCAGAAUAUGGAGCAUUCCUCGACGACAAGUCGUGGAUUGGGCUGACGUCCAUGAAAUGGUCACCGCCGUUUCUUACACUCCUGAUGGUCAGGCUGCUCUUGUUGGUACACAUAAUGGCACUUGUUGUAUGUACGGCACAGAAGAUUGCAAAUUAAGUCAAACAAGCACGAUUGACUUACAACAGAGAAAGAAAGCUCCGCUGAGAAAAAUCACCGGCUUUCAGUUUGCACCAAGCAAUCCAUCAGAAGUGCUUGUCACUUCCGCUGAUUCCAGGAUUAAGAUUGUAGAAGGCACAAAAGUUGUUCAUAAGUUCCAAGGUUUCCGAAAUUCAAACAGUCAAAUCGCAGCUUCAUUCAGUCCAAAUGGAAGACAUGUUAUAAGUGCAAGCGAAGAUUCUCAAGUUUAUGUGUGGAAGUAUGAUGAACCUCGACAAGGAGGCAACAAUGCGAAAGCGAGAGCAUUAGUUAUGACUCGAGCUUUUGAGAGCUUCCCUUGUAAGGAUGUUUCUGUGGCAGUGCCAUGGCCUUUCACCAUCAAGGGCGAUCCCCCUCAAGCCAAGAAGACAGGUAAGACAGGUAAUCUGCCCCCUCUUCCCAACAAGAAGGAAUCAGAUCCUUCCACCACAGAUUCACCGCCCACGUUGCCGCCCCUUCCUCCUAAGAAAAAUGCCACCGACGCUGAAACCAGCUCCAAAACUAAUGAUAAUAACGAGGAAAAUACUAGCUCCGCCGCUGACAGUGGUUCCAAUGACCAGCAAGAAGUGGAUCCCGCAGCCAUAUCGCGAACAGAGUCUUUGGCGUCAGAUUCAACAACCAGCUCGACCAGGCAUGAUGAUCCAUCUGCUAUCUCUGCGACCAAUGCAUCGUCCUCUUCCCGGUCUUCUUCGUCUCGCUCACUCGCUGAUAAUAAUCAAGCAGCGGCUUCAUCAGGUUAUCCUGUGGCAUGGGGCUUGGUCAUUGCCACCGCCAGCAUAGGAGGUGAAAUUAGGUGCUACCAGAAUUUCGGGUUGCCUAAAAGGAUCAGCAGCGGCUUCUUUUGAGUUCUCUCUACUUAAUGGCUUCUUUAUUAGUUUCAGGAAUACACAUACAAUAGUAUCUCCAAGGGAGAUUCGUUUCCAAUCGUACGUAAUCCUAUCCAUCUCCUAUCUUACGAUGGAAUUCAUCAUUUCCAGACUUAGCGUCACAGACGGAAGUCCAGCCUCAGUGCCAUGAAAUGUCAGUCACUCACAUCCUGGUGUCAAGGUAAUCUCAUCAGUUUUGUCAUCAUGAUACACAUCUCUAUACAUAUUAUGGUUAUGUACUCUAGCUAGUAUAUAUUUACAUAUAUAAGCCUAUGCUUGGGCGCGAGAAAAUGUCCAACAAGGAAGGGUUCGCAAAGGGUUGACUUGUUAGUAUAGACAAGGUAGAAA